AUGGCGGAGAACACUGGAAUAAGAUGGGAUCCAAACCUACAGCAGGCCCGUCGCACCACGGAAACUGCUACUACACUGGACCCUCUAACAUCCGCCCAAAUUUACCAUGCAACAGUGGACUCUGCGCGCAGCGAUGGGGAUGAUAUAUUGACACAACGGAACACGCCCACCGCGCUUUCUGCCCAGCGCUCUGUUGAUCCUAUUGAUGAGGCACUGUGCGCCGAUUUGGAUUCAAUAUCACACCAGGAUAGUCCCAGUCCAGCUUUUGCCCCACUACGGACCCAGCAGUCCCUCCCUUCUUCCGCGCCCAACUCCUCACAAUCGCUCAAGGCUUUAAGUGAAAGAGAAGCUGAUACCUCUGGAGCCUCUGUCUCGAGAGCUCUUUCAGCGAGGUCUUCACAUGGACAAAUACGGGCUCGACGGACUUCUACUCACAUCAAAUCUGCCUCACUAUCUACCACAAAGCGAUCUGUUUUGGAUCGUCCAACUUAUCCUGACCAGUCUUUUGCUGCUUUACAGUCGCAAUUCUACAACGCCAGGCCUCACCCUCCUUUGCGUGCCAGAAGCUCACACCCGGCUCAGAAUCUCCUUUACAACGACAUGUCAAACUGGAUAUCACAACCAAAGGACCGGGGCUCCGUGAAUCAAAGCACCAAGACCGCUGACAACACCCCAAUGUCGAGCCCGGGUCUGUUUAGUCCUUCAGCCCGUCUUCCCUCUGCCUCCUCCCUGGAUGAUCUCGGCCCACAGCUACACCAUCUUCAGGCUCCAAAAGAGACAGACUUCGCCGAGAUAGAACAUGACACCUUUUCGGGGAACAAGUUCAUCAACAACUACGAAGUGGUGCAGGAACUUGGCCGUGGAGAGCACGGCAAGGUGAAGCUCGGAAGAAACAUGGAGACUGCCGCUAUGGUCGCUAUCAAAAUCGUCCCUAGAUACUCGGUCAAGCGCCGGCUGGGCCGUCUAGGUGCGCCUGAAGACCGUACCAAGCGAGAAGUGGCCAUCUUGAAGAAAGCUCGACAUCCCAACGUGGUCAGUCUCCUGGAAGUCAUUGAUGACCCAAACAAGAACAAGGUUUAUCUCAUUCUCGAGUACGUAGAGAAAGGUGAAAUCAAGUGGAGAAAGCCUGGUGUGCGUGAAGUUCUAUCUGUCAACAAUGCCAGAUUUGACCAAGAACGCCGCGGAGCAACCCUGUCACUUGAACCGAGUGAACGAGAUAUCUUCCAUGUCACUCAGGCACAACGCCGACACGAGCAAAUGGACAGGGACAGAACCCGAAACGCCGCGUUUCACUCCGUGCCGAAUUGGAGCCUGGAACACGGUGAUGCGUUCGAGGACGAUGACCACUUCCUGGAUAUUUCACGCACUCCUUCACAGCAAUUCUACGGCUCCAGUUCUAAUGCUGGGCCAUCUCGGACAACCUCACAUGACGACCAUGCCAACCUCGGCGACACAGCGCUAAUGGGCAGCAUGUGGGGUGCAUACGACCCCAGCGACUACCGCGACCGCAAAUUCAGCAUUGCAGCCAGCGCUGCGUCGCACAUGUCUUCCGAGUUCAAUUUCGAGGCCAAUGACGAGCUUUCUUACGUGCCUGCAAUGACGCUUGAAGAAGCCCGGCGUGCAAUUCGAGAUACUCUCUCUGGCCUUCAGUUCCUCCAUUUCAUUGGAAUCAUUCACCGCGACAUCAAGCCUGCCAAUCUCCUCGUUGGUAGCAACGGUACUGUCAAAAUAUCAGACUUCGGCGUUUCCUAUCUCGGACGUCACACAACUGAUAAGGAUCCUGAGAAUCACCUGACCGAGAAAGACGUUGCCUCGCUCGAUGAUGAAAAGGACCUUGCGAGGUCUGUAGGAACGCCGGCUUUUUGGGCCCCAGAACUGUGCUAUGAAGAUGUCUCCAUGUUUGCCGACAAUGCCGCUCCGAAGAUAACCGGCGCCUUGGAUUUGUGGGCUUUGGGCAUCACUCUCUACUGCAUGGUCUAUGCUCGCCUACCCUUUUACGCCAGCGAAGGAAUGGGCUUGCAUGCAGCAGUUUGUACCUCAGAAGUCUUCCUUCCCAAAACACGGCUCGUUCCUGUGGACACGUCAAAAGACCGACCAUCCUCCCAAGUACCAAUCUCGAUCAAUAGCAACAAGCGUUUGGACUUCGAGCUCAAAUUCGAAGAGGUUCCCGAGGCUGUGCGAGAUCUGAUUCGCUGUCUCCUGGUCAAAGACCCCGCAAAGAGAAUGACCAUCGACCAAGCCAAGCAACACGCAUGGGUUACCGAGGGCAUGCAAGAUCCUGAUUCCUGGAUCCUGAACACUGGACUGGAGAAGGAAAGUAAGAAGAAGAUUUUGGAGGUCGACGAAAAAGAAGUUUCUCAUGCCGUCGGAAAACGCAACAUUAUCGAGCGUGCGCUUAACACAGCUGGACGAAUUGCAGGCAGUCUGCUUGGCCGAACCAAUACCCGUAAACGAGCCCCAAGCGCUGCAACGUCCACCAGCCACUCGAGCGAUUCACUUGCAUCGCCAUCCAGUGGAAGCACAGUCGGGCGAUUCGACAAGGAAAAGAUGAGAGAAGCACGGAGAUCAAGCCUUCGCGGGGACGAAGUCUUGACCGCCCUGAAGACUUCUCGAGAGAACACUGAACAUCCACUAGCGCAAAGUCAGACCGCAAGCCCUUUUGACCACCCGCAAGAGUAUUUCAGCGAGGGCUUAUCGGGUCAAAAGGCAGCAUCUGCUGGGUGCAGUCCGACGGUAGAAAAAGAGCCACGCCCCCAAGCACCCGAACGAGGUGUUUCGACCUUUUCGAAUGCUGAGUCGGUCAAGACAAUCAGGGCUUCGCAGAUGCAUCGACUGCCUUCUCCAUUGCCAGAUAUCUCGCAAGAACCCGAUCGAUCAGUAUCACAAGAGAGGGGUGUCAGAGCAAGGGUUGAUGGAAUAUGGGAAGGCACUAAGUCACUCGUCCGAAUUGGAAGUCGAGACCGCCGCACAAGGAGCGAUCGCUCUCCUGGAGCCUCUAGUCGAAAUUCUUCAGAGUGCGACAUCCAGGCAGCACGUGGAGGUCCCAGUCUCGCAAUUAGCACUGCAUCAGCUGCAGGUGCCUUUGAGCGACCUGACGCUCUUCGGACCACCAUGUCACCUGUGAUUUACAAUACUUCUGCCCCCGUGCCCCCUUCCACAACCAAUGCCCCUCACAAAACCUCCUUUCAAGCACCAACGUCGACACCAGAGGCAUUCGAACACGCCCAGGAGGUUAAUCAGAGAAGAAUGAUUUUGGAAGCUCACUACCAGGCAGAAGCUGAGGCCGAAGCCGCUACUCGAUCUCUGAGCCAAACUUCCUUUGAUGACGAGUGUCCACCGUCACCAGAUGAUAUCGCAUUCUUGAAGAAGCAACGCACGAAACUUGCUGAUGAUCCUCCUGAAUUAUCCAUUGAGUCCGCACCCAUUCAAGCUGGACCCUCAGCCAGCACUAUUGCUUCCUCAACGGACGGCUACGGCGCUAGUAGUGUCUCGCAAAGCAUGUCCAUUCCGAGCUUUGGCAUUGUCUCAAGUGCAUCCUCACCUCCCGGCGAAGGUUUUUUUGGCCCAGAGACUGCAGAUGCCCCACUAGAUCUCCCUUUGGUGGUCAAGGAAACAGAGCCAUCCUUCAUGCGAACUGCCGACACGGUAACAAAACAUGGGAGACCCAUGCAAGUCGCCACUGGCGCAGCACUUGAAGACCGCCAGGGCCCAGCUUACGAUGACGGUAAUGGUGAUUGUGAUAGUGACUAUGAUGAUUCUGAUGAGGAAGACAUGAUGAUCAUGGGCCCCUCGCGGAAGAAGGGUUGA